AUGGCAACGAGUGCAAUUUUAUUUGUUGCUUGUGGGGAACAGCAUUUGUUGCCGACGGCAAUGACAACGCAUAUCACUUUUCUAAGAUAUUUGAAUCGGACUAUUCAAUCCAUCAACCAACGAUUUGCUCACAUUUUCUGCUCCCAGGAUGAAGAUGUCAAACAUGUCAGGAUUUUACGUGAAGACAGUUUUGAGAGAAAAUGCCAACUAAAUGCUCAAGAUUGUUCGUUGCAUGACAAGAAUUUUGGUGGUGAAAAGAAGGGCCAACAUGCUGUUUUCAAUGUGUUGGAUACUAUGCUAAUAUCUAGUCUAGAACGUCUGAAGAUCAUGAGGGAAAAUAUAUCUUUGGUAAAGAUAGGUCUUCAGGGAUAUGCACGUGAAUGUAACAAUGCUAAAAAUGCGGCCACCAUUAGAUUUUUGUGCUUGGAAGGGAAAUUGGUAGCUGCCCUGAGGCUUCGGAGAAGAAUGGCUCAAACAGGUAUUCUUCCUGACGUGUAUACCCACAACCAUAUUGUAAAUGGGCUAUGCAAAUUUGGUCUUUUAGAGAAGGCAGGUUGGCUUGUUAGAGAGAUGUCUGACUCUGGUCCUCAUCCCAACUGCGCCACUUACAACACUCUAAUUAAGGGCUAUUGUGCUGUAAAUAGUAUAAAAAAAGCUUUGGAUCUGUUCACAACUAUGUCCUAUACUGGUAUUCAGCCAAACAGGGUUACUUGUAACAUUCUUGUACAUGCGUUGUGUGAGAAAGGUCUUCUAACGAAAGCUAGAAAGAUGCUUGAAGAAAUACUAAAUGAUGAUAAUGGCAAAGUUAUACUUGAUUUAGUUGCCUCAACUAUUUUUAUGGAUAAGUACUUUAAGAAUGGGGAAAUUAACCGGGCUCUUGGUCUUUGGAAUGAAAUGAUUCAAAAGUGUACAAGAGUAGAUGUUGUUGCUUAUAAUGUUCUUAUCAAUGGACUCUGCCUGAAUCAGCAGGGGAAUCUUGCAUAUGGAUAUGCAUGUGAGAUGCUUAAGAAUGGUUUCACUCCUGAUGUUUUUACUUAUAAUAUUCUUAUUGGUGCUCUUUGCAAGGAGGGGGAAAUUAGUGAAGCUGGCUAUAUUCUUGGAGUUAUGUCUAAAAUGGGAAUUAUGCCUGAUCAAAUUUCAUACAGGAUUAUGAUUCAAGGCCUUUGUUUGAAUGGAGACAUUGUGAGAGCAAAAGACUUGCUUUUGUGUAUGUUAAAUAAUUUUAUGGUGCCCAAGCCUAUUGUAUGGAACCUAAUAAUUGACUUUUAUGGAAGAUGCGAAGAUCUUAGAAAUGCUUUUUUUACAAGAGAUCUGAUGUUGGCUUUUGGUGUUCUCCCCAAUGUAUUUACUUAUAAUGCUUUAAUCCUUGCACAAUUGAAGAGUGGAAAUAUCCAUGAUGCUCGAUAUCUGAAGGAAGAGAUGCCUACAAAAGGUCUUCGUCCUGAUGUGGUUACGUAUAACUUGUUGAUAGGUGGUGCUUGUAAUAUACGUGAUAUCGGUUUAGCUCGUCAACUAUAUGAUGAGAUGAUGCAGAAGGGGUGUGAACCCGAUUUAAUAACUUAUACUGAAUUUAUUAGGGGGUUUUGUAUUAGAGGUAACAUUAAAGAUGCAGAAGAGCUUUAUGCUAGAAUACUGAAAUCUGGUUUAUUGAAUGAUCAUGUUCCAGUUCAGAUUCUCUUUAAUAUGUACUGCAAAUUGGGGGAACCAAUCAAGGCAUUUAACUUUUAUCAAGACUGGCUGGAAAGUAAACAGGAUAGUAAUUGUGGCUAA